UUAGUAAAUACAUGGUCUACAGGGGUUUCUAAGUAAAUCACCCUUUUUUGUUUACUCUGCAAGACUGCAACUCUCUCCUUAGUCCUCUACCACCUCCGCUCGUCUCCAGUUCCGCUGUUUGCAGAGAAGACAAGGGAGUUUCGGGCGUUUUUAGACUGGGGCUUUGAAAAAGCAGGGUGGUCGCUGUAGUGCCCCAAACGGAGGAUCCAAAAUCUGGGCUCAGUGUCAGACUUUCAGGGUUCAAAGCAGGUGUAGUUUUGAAGGAAGAGCAGAUGAAACCCAGGAUGAUGGCUGGCAGCAGCGGUGACACUAAAAAUCCAAAAAUCAAGCCUCGUCCCAUUGUUCGUAUCGGGAUAUUCCUCAUCUCUCACAGCAUUGUUGUUAGUUUGCUUUGCUUUGCUGCAGGGAUUGUGGCUCUUAUUCUGUUGCCUCUUUUUGCUAAAAAUACCUAUAUUUCAGAAAAUGCUCUCAUGCCUGGUUCUGCCAAUUCCAUGCUUUCUUCUCAGGAUGUAAAAGAAGCAAACAAAUUGGUUAAGGACAUAAUUGGCUUGAAACUAUCAUCAGAAGAAGCCAGAAUAGAAAUUCCAAGGUUGAUAGCACAGCAUAUGGCAGAUGCAGGUUCUGAAGUUUAUUAUCACAAAUUUCACCCUCAAAUGAGUCAAUUUUAUCCACUGCACUUCUUUUCUGGUAGCCCUAAUUCUGGGAAUAUCAAAGAGAACCAUAGUUGUGUAUCACAUGCCAUCAAUACCGUUGGCAUAAUAAGAGCUCCACGUGGUGAUGGAAAAGAAGCUAUUGUUUUGGUGACACCUUACAACUCAGAGAAGGUUGAACUGGGUGAGGCUUUAUCAUUAGCCCUUGCCUACUCAAUAUUCUCCUUACUUACUCGAGUCACAUGGCUUGCAAAGGAUGUUAUCUGGCUGGCUGCAGAUGCACGAUAUGGAGAGUAUGCCUCAGUUACUGCUUGGCUAAGAGACUACCAUAUUCCUCAAUUCAGUGCUUUGGAAAAAUUAGAUGCUGACAUAUGUUUUGAAAGUGGUUAUCCUCAUGAACAGAAUGAGAAUCAAAUCAGAACUGAUGUCAUCAGCCGUGCUGGAACUAUGGCUGCUGGACUUGUCUUUAAGGUUGUGGAUAAACACAAAGAGACUGAUAAGGAUACUCUCAGUAUAUAUGCUGAAGCAUCCAAUGGACAGAUGCCAAACCUGGAUCUUAUCAAUAUUGUGAAUUAUUUGGCUGUGCAUAGACAAGGCUUGCGUGUAAAGGUGGAGAAGUUAUAUUUUUUACUUGACUCUGUGUUCCUCAAGAUUGUUGGUGAUGUUCUUGAAACAAUAGGAAAAGUGGCCAGAAGCUUGAAUGCUCGAUGGGAAUUUGGUAUCCCUGUUGCGGAUUAUAUUGAUGGUGCUGCUACUCUUGCAAGUUCAAUGUAUCAUCAGGCUCUAGGUGUGCCAACUGGUUCACAUGGUGCUUUUCGUGACUACCAAGUUGAUGCAAUCACAUUGGAGAUUUCACCUAAAGUUUCUCUGAAUAAUGAAGUCAGGAUAUUGGAAUUUCUUCUCCGAGGUGGCAGGUUGAUUGAAGGAACCAUUCGAUCAGUGAACAACCUGCUUGAAAAGUUUCACCAAUCCUUUUUCCUCUAUUUCUUGACCUCUCCCAGUAAAUUCGUAUCAGUUGGAGUCUAUAUGAUUGCUUUUGGGUUGCUUGUUGUUCCCCUUCCAAUCAUUGCAGCAUCUCUCUAUUGCGAUGCCAAUGUGUUGGAUUCUCACUGUAUAAAAGAACAACAAAAAUCUGGUCCUGCCUCUACCAAUGAGGCUGGAAUUGCUUUUCAGUCAUGGAGAUGGCUUCAUGCUGCAAAAGUUGUGCUUGUAAUUCAUCUAUGGGGUGCCAUUGUUUCUCUACUCCCCUAUCUGAUGUAUCAAUUUCCUGAGAUGACCCCAACAACCAGCAUGCUAUCCUGGGGCUUACUAUCCAUUGCAAGCCUUCUAUUCUUGCACCAAAUUCUGGGUUCCCCAUAUUCAUGCGUUACUGUGAAUCAAUCUCCAAAUAGAGAAUGGGCUGUUUUGAAGUCUAUGAUGAUUGCAGCUGCCGGUAUUGGUCUGGGGCUUAUGUCAAUCAUUAACUUUGCAACAGCUCAGAUUGGAGCUCUGCUGAUUGUUCCAAUGUGUUUGAUGGUUCACCCUUUAAAGCAUGUGUACAGAGCUGGGAGAUUGAGAACACUUGCAGUAACAGCCUGUAAUAUAUCGUUGGGGUUUAUAGGAUUUCCUCCGGCUGCAUUUCUGUUUUUGAAGGCAUAUUCAGAAGGCCUAGGCAGUGUCAGUGCAGGUGACUUCUGGAACUGGGUAGAGUCACUCUGGGCUUGGAACAGCGCCACUUAUCUUUACUUAGGUUUGAUCCAUCUCCCUUGCUGGUUAUUAUUUAUGUACGUUUUACUGCAUCCUUGUUGAGUUUUCCUUGUCAUAAAAUUAUACUUGGAACAAUACUUGCACAAAUGGAUAAUUUAGUUAAUUAGAGGUGAUGAUCGCAAAUUCUAACUCA